GCCCCAUCCCCUCUUAUUCUUCUUGAUCCAAACGAUCCGAUUAAUAAAAAGAGCCUAAAUUAUAAGAUUCCCAUCCCAGCUCACCCAGUUACCAAACCCACCAUCCUCUCUCUCUCUCUCUCUCUCAUUCCUAAUCCUCUCUUCCCACAAACCGAUCGCUGCAUACUCUCGCCAUUGCCAUGGAGUCUGCGACCUUUGUAAGAGGUUCGGUCGGGAGGGGGAGCUCGGCGGCGUCGGAGCUGAGGCGGUUCCGGCAGCGACCGCGGCCUCUUCCCGACCUCCGGCGGUGGCGGCGGCGGAGCACGGCGGCGAUCCGCGCGGAGCCCGAUCUCAGGGUGCGGGUGAACGGGUUGGAGAUGCCGAACCCCUUCGUGAUCGGGUCCGGCCCCCCCGGCACCAACUACACCGUCAUGAAGCGCGCCUUCGACGAGGGCUGGGGCGCCGUCAUCGCCAAGACCGUGUCUUUGGAUGCCUCUAAAGUUAUCAAUGUGACUCCUCGCUAUGCGCGGCUCCGGGCCGGAUCAAACGGGACCGCCAAGGGCCAGAUUAUCGGGUGGGAGAACAUUGAACUUAUCAGCGACCGACCGCUCGAAACCAUGUUGAAUGAAUUUAGGCAGCUAAAACGAGAGUACCCGGACAGGAUACUCAUAGCUUCAAUAAUGGAGGAGUACAACAAAGCUGCGUGGCAAGAACUUAUUGAACGCGUCGAAGAAACCGGAGUGGACGCUCUUGAGAUAAAUUUCUCAUGUCCUCAUGGAAUGCCGGAGCGGAAAAUGGGUGCUGCGGUGGGCCAAGAUUGUCAUUUGCUUGAGGAGGUCUGCGGGUGGAUAAAUGAGAAAGCUACCGUACCUGUUUGGGCAAAGAUGACCCCCAAUAUUACAGAUAUUACGCAGCCAGCAAGGGUUGCUCUGAAAGCAGGAUGUGAAGGAGUUUCCGCUAUUAAUACGAUAAUGAGCGUGAUGGGAAUUGAUCUCAAUACUUUACGUCCGGAACCUUCUGUUGAGGGAUAUUCUACACCUGGUGGAUAUUCUGCAAAAGCUGUGCAUCCUAUUGCACUCGGAAAAGUAAUGCAGAUUGCAAAGAUGAUGAAAGCGGAAUUUGAUGGUGAGCAAUCACUUUCUGCUAUUGGAGGGGUCGAGACAGGCGGAGAUUCUGCCGAGUUUAUUCUCCUUGGAGCAAAUACAGUUCAGGUAUGUACAGGUGUGAUGAUGCAUGGUUAUGGCCUUGUGAAGAAGCUUUGUGCUGAGUUGCAGGAUUUUAUGAGAAAACACAACUUUUCCUCAAUCGAAGAUUUUCGGGGGGUCUCCCUACAGUAUUUCACUACACAUACCGACCUGGUGAAGCGGCAACAAGAGGCAAUCAGGCAGAGAAAAGCUGUAAGGAAAGGCUUACAAUCUGACAAAGAUUGGACAGGGGAUGGGUUUGUUAAGGAGACCGAAAGCAUGGUGUCCAACUGAUGUAAACCUCCAUCCUCAACGACGGGGUCUCAUUCUACUGAAGCGAUGAGCAGGUGAAGAACUUUUUAAGACAAAAGAUACAGAAACAAAAGAACAUUGUUCUCUGUCAUAUAUAAUAAAAUGUAAUAAUUUGUUCUCCCUCUCAACAUGUAGUAAAUAUUUGUGAAUUUGGCUUCAAGAAUGAUCUUUGAUUUUCUUGAUAAUCAGCAUAAAACGAAGCUAUGCUU